UAAACAUUUUUACAAAUAAAAAUAAUUUAGAUUUGAAAAUUGAGUGUGCAUAAAUUUUAGAACUUGCAGAAUCCAUUUAUUAAUCAUUUAAUAGCUUAUUUAGUAAAAAAAGUGAUAUGACAGUUUGUCGAUAUUAUCUGCAGGGCACUUGCCGGUUUGGGAAUCGAUGUAGAUUCGAGCAUGUUGAUCCUAGUUAUUCCCGCGAUUUUAAUAAUGAUUCGAACUAUUCUAAUCGCAGAAAUGAUUAUGGUUAUCAAGAUCGGUAUAGAUCUCAGGAAAAUUUUCAAGAUAGAGGCAAUAAGAAUGUGAAUCCGGAGUUAUCGUUUGGCCCUCGUCGUUAUAAUAAUUUUGAAAAGCAAAAUCAAAAUUAUCGAUCACAAAAUUAUAACCAAUAUGACAAUUAUGGAUCUAACUAUGGACAGUCGCAGCGUAGUGAUUCAUACGCUAAAAGUUACUAUAAAGAGGACUAUGGUAAAUAUGAUACAAAUCAAAGAUAUUCAUCUCCGGAAAGACAGGGCUCUACUUUCAGACAUUCAGAUCCUAAUAAUUCAUAUGAUAGUAACUUUUAUAAAGAUGAUUACGGUAGAUAUACUACGAAUCAAAGGUAUUCAUCUCCCGAAAGACAAACCUCAAAUUCUCGUUAUGAUAAUAGCUUUCCAAAGGGUCAAUCUAAAUUGAGUGAUUCUUCCCAAUUUGAUAAAAAGAAGUAUGAAUGGGUAUCAGAUGAUUACAAAAAACAUCAUCAGAAAAAAGAGCAGACUUACCAGCAAACACCUAAAUACCAAAGCAAUAAAACUUUUAGUUUCAAAGACUCAGACAGUGAUAAAAAUGAAGACAUAAAUGAAGAAAAUAUGAUUCUGGUUGAGAGAAUUAAAGAAGACAUAACUUCUUGGGAGCUUGGAAAUCAGUGGCCUUUUACAUGUUAUAGUCCUUUACCUAAAAAAGGAGAUUUACCAGGAUUCAGUGACAUUUCAUUUGAAGAACUUCGAUAUGAAGCAUUACAAGCUGAAGAAAACAAUUCUUUUAAUUAUUUUGUUGAAAAUAUUAAUAAAGCCCUACUGGAUGUUCAAAAUAGAAGAAGCAAACUUAAAGAGCCUACUGAAGAAUUGCUAUCCACAAUUGAAAAAUUAAGAGCUGGAGAGUUUCUGAUGAAAGCAACUGAAACUAAAGAUUUUGUUCCACUGAUGAAUUUCACCCAAACUGUUUCUGAAGAUAUUGCUGAUGAAAUUCCUUUGAACACCCAAAGUUCCAUGUCUGCCUCAUCUUUCAGCUUCAAAACAUCAUUAGAUAAAGAUUCACCCAUGAAAACUAAUACAUCUGCGUCUUUCAGUUUCAAAACUGCUCCUGAUCAGACCACUUCUGCAUCUUCUUUCACCUUUAAAGUGCCAGAGACUGACAAACUUCCAAGUACUAUGUUUUCUUCAAAAGAUUUGGAUGUUCCUGAUCCAAUUUAUACUCCCAUGGACCAGUUGUCAGAACAAGAUAAGGAACAGUUUUCUGCAUCCACUUUUACUUUAGGGAAAAUACCUACAGUUCCUCCUCCCAAAGUAUUUUGUUUUUGAUAUCUUAUAAAAAGCUUUUUUCAUCGCAUAAAUCAUCAUUCUUUGGCCAAAUACUGUCCUCAAACGGUCAAAAUAAUAUCCUCUGCCUUCCAGCCAAAAUUUUAUGGGAAGAAAUUGUAUAAACAGCAGAGGAGAUUUCAUUAAUGUUUUUAAAUUCCAUAGACUUUUAAAUAACAUCCAGACUUUAAUUUCAAAAAGUCUAAAUAUUAGUUAAGGGUGUUGAAAAUUUUAAAUCUUUCGACAUUUUUGAUUUUUUUUAGAAAGUUUUUUUUUUGUGCCGUUUUGGUUGACUGCAAUUUUGUUUCCCAAAACAUGUUAAACAAAGACAAAUAUAGAUAAAAAAUGUAUUUAAAAAUUGAAUGCGAAAGUGAUUAUUGAAUAGUAAAAGAAUUAUGAAAAUUAUGCUUUAUUUUUUAAAAUUUACUACUUUAAUUUUAUUAAAAAAAGACAAAGUGUGCAAAAUUUCAGUCAGAAAAUAUUACACAUAUAUUAUGAUUUUGUAAAUCUUAUGUAUAAUUCAUUAUCUGAAUUUUUUUUCUUCCAUAUUUAAAACAUAGGGAUGAUGAUUUUAUUACAGUGAGAAAUAUUUAAAUUAUUAUCAAUUGCUGUAUAAACUAAAUUCAUUACGUUCCAUAGAAGACAAUUUUUACUUCUGACGCCUUUUUCCAAAAAAUAUUGUCCACCUUUAUUUUAUUACAUAGUAUUUAAACCUCACAUCCGUUUUCUUUUUAUUUUUCUUAUUUAUAUGAUGUUGAUAUUAUUCUUUGAUUCUCUUAUAUAAAAGAGUUUAAGGGAAAAUUAUGUUUUAUAAAGUGGAACUUAUAGUUUGUAUAUAUUUUGUAUGAUAUUUAAAAUAAAAUAUAUUUUUAUGAGCAGAC